UAACCUAAUAAGUUUCACUUUUUGUAUCAUGUUGAAGAUUGAUUAUUGAAAACAGAAGGAAUAAGGCCAAUUUGCAUAUGAUCAGUGAUACAGAUCAGUAUUUAGUUAUAGUUAAUUAAUUAUAUAUUGUUUCUUUAAUUUAUUUAGUUAUUUAGGCUUAAGUUAUUUAGGGCUAGAAUAAAGUAAUGGGUCAUGCUUUUGUAUGGGCUUUAAGAUAUUUCUUGGGCCUCAAGUUUCUGUAGGUCUUUAAAUAGUUAUUAGUGAGUUAGGGUUAGGAUCAUCGUUGCAGUAUUAUUCUGGACAGCUUCUGUUGUAGGCCUCGCAAGAGGAGUUCGGGACAGCGUUCUACUUCUCGUUGUAGGCCUCGCAAGAGGAGCUCUCCUGUUUUCUGUUUAUCUCAAACCCUUCACUCUAUCAAUUGGUCCGACCUGCCGGAUCAAAAAAGAUGAUGGGGAAGACGAUAGAGAAGGGUGUUGAGCCUGUUGACUCGAUCUUGACAACAUUUGAGCGAAUAAUGGAGAAACUCAAUCGCAUUGAGGAGUUGCUGGCAAUUCGAUCAAGAAAAAUGAAGCCCUCUCCCAUUCCUUGUAGCCAAGAUAAUGUCAAAUCAGCCACGCCGCAUCCACAUCCUGUUUCUGUGCGGACUCCACCGCAUCCACCUUCUGUUUCUGUGAUGACUCCACCGCAUCCACCUUCUGUUUCUGUGAUGACUGCACCGCAUCCACGUCCUGUUUUUGUGAUGACUCCACCGCCUCCACAUCCUGUUUCCAUAAUGACUCCCCCACCUCCACCUCCUGUUUCAGCGACAAGUCUGCCACCUCAGCCGCCUGUUUCCCUGACGCCGCCGCCUUUGCCUCUUGUUUCCAUGACGACACCUACUUCUCUUAUAGAGACAGUGGUCGUGGUGGCUUCUGCCCCUUCAAAUAUACUUGUUGUGGCGCUCCCUACAAGAACUUCAUCUCUUUCAAGGGUUGCUCCCCUCUCUACAUGGGUUGAUUCGCUCUCUACAAAGACUCUUGCGCCAACAAGGAUGUACGCCAGCUUUGCUCAUCGAGAUUGGAAGGAAUUGAGUCAAUUAACUAAGGAGUUUCUCACUACGAUAAACUUAGGCAGAAUAUAUAAAGCCUCUCCAAGGAUCACAGUGCAGCAAGGGGAAUAUGAAUUUCCCAAUCAAAAUAGCUUGAAGACAGGGCAGAUUUGGGAUGUUUUUUGAAGUGCUUACAGCCUUGAGGACAAGGCUGUUUCGAAGAGCGAAGGAAUUGAUACAGAUCAGUAUUUAGUUAUAGUUAAUUAAUUAUAUAUUGUUUCUUUAAUUUAUUUAGUUAUUUAGGCUUAAGUUAUUUAGGGCUAGAAUAAAGUAAUGGGCCAUGCUUUUGUAUGGGCUUUAAGAUAUUUCUUGGGCCUCAAGUUUCUGUAGGCCUUUAAAUAGUUAUUAGUGAGUUAGGGUUAGGAUCAUCGUUGCAGUAUUAUUCUGGACAGCUUCUGCUGUAGGCCUCGCAAGAGGAGUUCGGGACAGCGUUCUACUUCUCGCUGUAGGUCUCGCAAGAGGAGGGUUA